AUGUCACGGUUCGUCUCAGCAGGCGCCAUCAACGCCGAGACAGGCGAGGCCGUGGCCGCGACGGAGCCGAAAGCCGGCGACGCAGGCGAGACGAGGAAGAACACGGAGUGGGAGGCCGUGCAGAAGGAACUCGAGGCCGAGAGGAAGAGGAGGGAGGACGCGCGUGUCAAGGCCGUUGAAGGGGGCGAACAGAGUCUGUAUGACAUAUUGCAGGCUAACAAAGCCGCGAAACAAGCUGCUUUUGAAGAGGCGAAUAAAAUCAAGAACCAGUUUCGUCCCUUGGACGACGAUGAGAUUGACUUUCUGGACGAGGUGAGGGAGUCUGCGCGCGCGGCGGAGGAGAGGGUGCGGAGGGAGACGGAAGAAGGGCUUGCUGCGUUCCGAAAGGCACAGAACCAGAAGCGGCCUGUGGAGGGGGAGGAUGGUGGCGAUGAAGGUGGUGCUGGGGCGGCCGUGGAAGGGGGUGAUGAGGAGUGGGCUGUUGGACCGAGGAAACGGAGGAGGAAGGAGACGAAGGGGUUGGGCGUUAAGAGGGAGAAGUCGGGGGAGCAGGAGGUCAAGAAGAGUGCUGCUGCGAAGGACGAGGAGAAGGCCGAGGUGAAGGACAGUGAGAAGAAGGUUGGCGAGGUGAAGGUGGCGGAUGUUGGUGAGAGGAAAGCUUCGGAAGGGGGUGUGGCUGCGAAGCCCAAGACGGGACUCGUUGCGUAUGGCUCUGAUUCGGAUGAUGAUGAUUGA